AUGUGCAGUGUUGGAGAUCGCCGAGCAGCCAGAAUGUGGCUGAUUGUGACGUGCGCGUUGCUUGUGAACUGCAUGUUCAGUGCCUGGGCUAUCCAGCGCCACACGAGUCAGCCCCUCGCGCUUGCGAGCUUCUUGGGUGUGACCAUUGGAAACGCCAGCGGUGCGAGCGCGCCAGGAGCUCCUUUAUCCGACGCCUCUAGUUCCUUGGAAGGCGCUUACAUUGACGAGGUUGACUUUGGGCUGAGGAGCAGCUCGGUGCAAGCGAUGACUGAAUCGAGGGGGUCCUCGGGAGGUGCCGCCGGCAAAAUCUCGCGUGCGAUACCAGGGGUUCGUUUCAACAACAAGUUCUGGAGUAUUGAUGAGUGGACAAAGAAAACAGGCGAAAUGGAAACGCCUUGGCAAGAAACCGCAAUCACGUGA